UUCGUCAGAUGAAGAUUUCCUUUGGGAAGACAACAGCAUAGAUUCUGAGGCCUUCUUUCAGGCCGGAAACGUUGGGGUUUUGCUAAAUAAAAAUUGGGACUAAACUAGAUGAACCCGAUGCCUCAGAACCCACUGACGGACGGAUGCCUGUGCCGCGCCGGUUCCCCUCGGCGCCGUGUUGCUGAGUGUUGCACCUCCAUGCUGUCCUUUGGCGCUGCAUCACUCAGUGAGACCGAUGCCCCCCAUAGAUUUCCUCCUCCAGUGUGCUGGUUGUGUUCUGAGCCGUUCAUUCAUCGUGCACAGACAGUCCAGCUCCUGCAGCCUCAUGGAUGAGCAUAAGAACGUCAGUUGAGGGUUUUGCACGGGUCAGUGUGUGCAGCGGCUCCUCCUGAAGGCAGGUGUUUCCUUUCUCCAUCUGGAGGUCAGGUCAGCAUGUUUUACGCUGGAGCUACUGUUCACGGAGCGCUGCCGUAACCGUGUUGUGAUCACAUACAUGAUUGUUUCUACAUGCCUCUCAUAUGGAGCACCGUUGACUUAUCUGUGUCUGUGUGUGCACAGUCUCUCCACCAGCCCAGCUCCAGACCCUCCAAGAUGCCGGAAACAAUCAUGUCCAAGGAGCCCACCUCCAACCUGGAGAGCGCCAUGCAGAUGCUCAUCAAGACCUUCCACAAGUACUCUGGGAAGGAGGGCGACAAGUACACCCUCAGCCGAGGAGAGCUGAAGGAGCUGCUGGUGGAGGAGCUGGGGAGUUACCUGGGGAACUCCAAGGACAACGAGGCGGUGGAGAAGGUGAUGAACGACCUGGACGCCAACAACGACGGCGAGGUGGACUUCACCGAGUUCAUCAUCCUGAUGGGAGCCCUGACGGUCGCCUGCAACGACUUCUUCCUGGAGUACAAAACGGAGGACAAGCCCAAAGACGACUCGGCGGCCAAGACAGACUGAGAAGAGGCGGGAAAAUGGGAGGACAAAGGAGAAGAAGAAGAAGAACUGCGGUUCUGGCGGCCUUUUCAUCUCACCCAAACACUCCGAGCACGCAUUAGGGAAGAUGUGCAGCACUUUAGCAUGUGGCCUCACUAAACACGGCGACUGUUUUUCAUACCGCAGCUAAUCCGGAUUGAGCUGAACCUUUUCCAGCCCGCUGGGAACACUUCCACAUCUUUCCUCUCAAAUUCUGCAGAUCUGACCGUUUGUUUGGUUGGGGGUGGGGGGCUGUGGCGACAGAAAUGGCGCUGUCUUUCCCAUGAAUUUCAUGUAUGACGUAAACUAUUAUGGUAUUUCUGUAUGUGUUCAGUGAUUAAAAAAAUAGGAGAUGUUGCACCUAUUUUGUAAUCUUUCCCAAAUGAUCGCUGCUUUAAAAUAUUAAACAUGGCAUUUAACCAACAA